AUGUCGAAGGUUGUGAGGAGUGUGAAGAACGUUACGAAGGGAUACUCGUCUGUGCAGGUUAAAGUUCGCAAUGCGACGAGUAAUGACCCUUGGGGCCCCACCGGGACGGAAAUGGGGGAGAUUGCGGCGAUGACAUUCCAUAGUCCCAGCGAUUUCUACGAGAUCAUGGAUAUGCUAGAUAAGAGAUUGAAUGAUAAGGGCAAGAAUUGGAGACAUGUGCUCAAAUCGUUGAAAGUGUUGGAUUACUGUCUUCACGAGGGCUCAGAAAUGGUGGUUACGUGGGCCAGAAAAAAUAUCUACAUUAUCAAGACGCUGCGCGAAUUCCAAUAUAUUGAUGAUGAUGGUCGUGAUGUUGGGCAAAAUGUACGAGUUUCCGCGAAGGAAUUGACCGCUUUGAUCCUCGACGAAGAACGCCUGCGAAACGAACGUUCUGAUAGGAAACUCUGGAAAUCCCGUGUUACUGGUAUCGAUGAUGGAAUUCACGGCAUUGCAGGUGGCAGUGAUCCAGGACGUCGCUCUGGACGCGAUCCCCCCCCGAGACCACCAAGUGAUGAAGAAGACGCUGAGUACCGCCUUGCAAUAGAGGCAAGCAAACAUGAAGCUGAGGAGGAGAGGAAACGCCGCCAAAGGGAAUUAAAUGCUGACGAUGAAGAUGAUGAUCUUGCCAAGGCUAUCAAGCUAAGUAAGGAAGAAGAGGAGCUACGGAGGCGUGAACUAGAAGAGAGCAAUGCCUCCGCACUGUUUGAUGAUAACACCGUAACUCCUGCACAACCUCCUCAGCCACAGGUGACUGGAUAUAACCAAGGAUAUCAGCAACAGCCUGCUGUAGAUUGGUUCGGAAAUCCUGUGGACCAACAACAAUCUAUGUCAACAGGUUACCUAAAUAAUCAAUAUACCCAGCCUACUGGAUUCCAACCUCAGCAGACAGGUUAUACGAAUGGAUACACAGGUGGUUUCCCCGCCCAGCAACCUGGCUAUGAUCAAUUCCAGCAACAAAACAACUUUAUGCAGCCCCAGACUGCGCUCCAACCCCAGCAAACUGCAUUCAAUAAUCCCUAUGGUGAUAUCUUCGGUCAACCGCAACAGCCGCAACAACAAGACAACAAUUUCCUUCAGGCAGGCAGCCAUAACCCCUGGGCAUCAAACCAACAACAAUCAACAGACGCCCUCAAACCCAUGCCAACCGGCUCCAACAACCCCUUUGCCUCGUCGUUCACGCAAAACCAAGCGCAGCGGGCACAAAAGACGGGUCCCCCUUCCCUUGGCACUCUUGCCCAACAACGUACCGCUCAACCCGUCACGAACCACACUCAGUUUUCAACAAACCCCAUCACAAACUUCCAACCUCCCUCCAACCUCCAACAGCAACAACUACAACAGCAACAACAAACCCAGAAUCCCCAACACGCUCGUCUCAACGCACUCCUCGCCACCGGCGACGGACAAGAUACUUUUGGAAACGUCGGCGACCUCCGUAUCCCCGCUCAACACACCACUCCCGGCGUCUUCGUAAACUCCGCGGGACAAGGUCUCGAGCGCCUCCAGCCUAACCAGACUGCGAAUAACCCGUUUUUGAGCCAGCAGUUCACGGGCGCUCAACAGCAGCGCACGAAUAACCCAUUUGGGAUGCAGCAGUCUGGUUAUGCGGCAUCGCAGCAGCGGCAGAGUGGGAAUUUGAUUGAUAUAUGA